UAAAAUGGGAUCAACUUGUCUUUAAAUCCCAAUGAAUGGAAAUGAUAUAAUUGUUUGGGAGUAAAUUAGUGUAAGGAAAGAAGAAAGGUAGGAUUAAUUGAGAUUACAACAAAAAUAAAGUGAAUCAUCAGAAUGUCCUGAUGAAGAGAUAUAAAUGACUAGUCAUUCAAAUGAUGAUAAAUAUAAUAGUUAAGAUGAGAUAAGUGUUCCUUAGAUAAAUUAGAGUCCAAGCAAGACUUGCAAAAGCAUUUUAAAAAAUAAAAAUGAUUUUUAGAUUGUACGUUCUAAAAGUUAAAACAAAACAGUAUCAUUCAGUUUUAUACCUCCAGAUUAAUUAAAAGAUAUGUUAACUUCUAAAGGAAGAUUAUCAGAAGAAUAAAAAAAGUUUCUAGCAUCUUUAUAUGAAUCAGUUUGA